UCUUCUCUUCCUUCUCUGCUCAGGAACAUCCUGGCUCCGAGUGGGCCACGCCGAUGCCGUCUGCAGCGCCGCUUUCUCCUCCGAGGGAGCCUGCAGGCGGGAGAAAGAGAGGCAGCCGCCGGGGCGCGCUGCGCUUCCUCCUCCUCCCUCCUCUCGGCGCCCGACCGGAGUGGGAACUGACGCGCCCCAGCCUUUGUCGAGCGGGAUAGGCGGGAGGAGGGGGGGUGCGAGGAGGCUCUUGCGGGAACAAUCCCGGCCACUGAAUAGAAAAUGGAGGAGACUUUUCAGAAGGAAAGUCCUGAACAGGUGAAACUGCAUAAGGCAGCAGCAGAAAUAUCCCUGUGGAGUUGUUGCCAAGUAGAUGAUGAUUCUGAAAAUCAACAGGGGCCAGAAACACAAGCAAACAAGUGCUCUGAAUCGGAAAGACAGAAGUGUUUCCCUUCCCAAGGACACUCCAAGGAAGCAAGAAAGCUGCCUGUUCAACAAAGAAAUCGGAUGUCAAAGAAACAGCACCCUUGCCCUGACUGUGGGAAAGUCUUCAACAGGACCUCGGCCCUCAACGCGCAUCAGAGAGUCCACACGGGGGAGAAGCCCUACAAAUGUGCAGAGUGUGGGAAGAGCUUCAGUAAGAGUUCGCACCUCAUUGCUCAUCAGAGAAUCCACACAGGCGAAAGGCCGUACACCUGUAUGACUUGUGGGAAAAGCUUCAACCACUCCUCACAUGUCAUUACCCACCAGAGAACCCACACAGGGGAGAAACUCUAUAAAUGCCUUGAGUGUGGGAAAAACUUCCGGUACAGCUCCGAUCUCAUCAGGCACCAGAUUGAGCACGCGGGAGAAAAACCUUACCAGUGCUCCGACUGUGGGAAGUGCUUCAACCGGAGCUCAAACCUCCUCAUUCACCAGAGAAUACACACGGGCGAGAAACCCUACAAGUGCCUCGAGUGCGGGAGGAGCUUCAGCUACAGCUCCGUCCUCAUCAAGCACCAAAAAGUACACACCUCCGAGAAGCCUUAUAAAUGUCCUGACUGUGGGGAAGGUUUUCACGUGAACGCAAGUCUCCUCACACACCAGAGAGUUCACACAGGAGAGAAACACUACUCAUGCUCGCAGUGUGGGAAAAGUUUCCGAUGGAUCUCGCACCUUACCAGGCACCAGAAGAUCCACACAGCAGCGAAACCUGUUUAAACGCUCGGAACACUGGGAAAUCAUCCGUGUGUGCUCAGAUCUUAAGUUGGAGUAUAUUUUUGUUUAGUGUAUUCUUCCAUUAUCAUUCCUUUGAUCUCUUGUCUAAUUUUACAGUGUAAGACACUUGGGGGAAGGAAUUUUUCCAUAUUAUUCUUUUGUAUUUGUUUGUUUGUGUGUGUGCACACACACAUAUGAAAAUAUCACUGUAUCAGUAAUAAAACACUUAAAUCCAA